UGCUGCCAUGGUAGUACCCGGACAGAAGAGCCGACGAAGUGCAGAUAGAAGCAAUUGAGGUUAUUCCGUGGGUCCAAUGACUCAGACGACUGCCUGAAAAUCCAUCCUGCAAAGCUGAACUAACUUUUGGGUUGUGAUUUUUCUCCCUUUAUUUAAUCACGAAAAAAGCACGGUAUUCAUUACAUCAAAGUCGUUCUGUACCAACAUGCAGACUCUCUUGGUGCACGCACUUGCAAUGAGGCAACUAGGAAGGCUAAACCCUCGCCAUCUACUAGCGGCUGGAUACCGUCUAAGACCGGCUGAAUGGUGUCCGAGGACUAUCCACACACGCCAGCUAUGGGGCUGCUUGACCUUUCCUGCACUCGAUGGUCACAGGCCUGUUUUCCAUGGUAGAGACGCUGUCAGGAGUUGGUCUGUUAAUCAUCUGAGGUACAAAAGCAAGAAGAAAGGUACUACUCCUCGCGCAGCGCCGGAGGAAGAUGAAGAUGACUCAGAGGAAAGUGAUUAUGAAGAUGUAGACCCAAAUCUACCUAAAGACUAUAAGGACAUGGAGAAAUAUGUGCAGUCUUUUCGCUAUGAUGUUAUCACGAAGGCUGGCUUGGAUAUUGCACGGAACAAAAUUGAAGAUGCUUUCUACAGCGAGAAGCUCAGACUGAAUGGACAGAAACUCAUCAAGAAAAGUAAAACGGUAAAACCUGGGGACACGUUGGACCUGGUGCUGUCAGAGAAUAAAGAAACAAAUACUGUUACUUUAAUGAGAGUUAUCCUCAGAAGAGUUUUGGGUGAAUCCAACGAUGGAGAAAAAUAUAAAGUUUCCAUUCGGCGAUGGAAAUGUCUUGAGCUUGCCAAGGAUGAGGCCUUUAAACCAUGAACUUGCAUUGGACGCGUAGCUUAGAACUACUUGCCAAUAAGGUCGACAGCAGAGAAUGGGUGCUCACAGAAAACUGGAACUUGACUGGUCUUCUGCCUCCUGGGUCUAGAGUGGAUUACACAGGUUUAAUGUUGAUGUUGAGUAGUUUACAACAUCAAGAAGUGGACUUAAAUAUGCUCCUUUUUUCUGUCUACUGUGAAAUUCUUCCAAUAAAGAUGGAGUCGAAGUUG